GAUCAUCUAGUUUAUUGAUUUCCAUCAGAGAAUAUUAAAAUUAGAGAAAAAGUGAUAACGAAUGACUUUCUCAUUAUCUUUCAUUAUUUACGAGAACUUGGAUUUGUCAUUUGGGAUUAAAUUGUUAACAUCGACGCACUCCUAUUGGCAAUUAGACGACCAUAAUACUUCAAUGAACCACAGAUAAACUUGUGCAACAAGAUAAUCCGUAAUUAGAUAAUUAGGCCACAUAAAAAAUAGGAAUGGAUGAGUUGUCAUUGACAAUAGAGAAUUUAAAAAAAAAAGAAAACAAAACAAGAUAAAUAUAAAUACGAUUAUUUAAAUAAUACAAGUAGAAGUGUUGUAUAAAAUAUAAAUAAGGAUAUGAAAGAUGGACGACGAAGAAAUGUUUUCGGAGUUUGGUGAUCUGCUACAGUCGGGACAGAUAGUUAAAGAAAGAUGGCGAAUAACAAAAAAACUUGGUGGUGGGGGAUUCGGAGAAAUUUACGAGGCUAUAGAUUUAUUGACUAAAGAAACUGUUGCUGUAAAAACAGAAUCUGCAAUAGAUAAUAGGCAAGUUCUUAAAAUGGAAGUUGCUGUAUUAAAAAAACUAAAGGGAAAACCGCAUAUAUGUAAAUUUAUUGGUUGCGGUAAAAAUGAUAGGUUUAAUUAUAUUGUUAUGUCUCUUCAAGGGAUGAAUUUAAGCGAUUUACGAAGGUCUAGACCGAGAGGAGCAUUCUCUCUUUCUACAACUAUUCGUUUAUCCUAUCAAAUUAUUCAAUGCAUAAAAACUAUACAUGAGGUUGGUUUUCUUCAUAGAGACAUUAAACCGUCCAAUUUCACAAUAGGAAAAACUCCGGAUACAAAACGUACUGUUUAUAUGCUAGAUUUCGGGCUUGCUAGGCAGUAUAUCAACUCUCAAGGUAACGUGAGAACUCCUAGAAUUGAAGCCGGGUUUCGUGGAACUGUGCGAUACGCAUCCUUAAAUGCUCACAAGCUUAAAGAAUUGGGUAGGCACGAUGACUUGUGGUCUUGGUUCUAUAUGAUUGUAGAAUUUAUAAGCGGGUCGCUGCCCUGGAAAAAGUUAAAGGAUAAAGAGAGAAUUGGUUUAAUGAAAGAAAGAUGCGAUAAUUGGAAGUUUUUAAAGUUAUUGCCCUCGGAGUAUAGCGAUAUUUUAAGGCAUAUACAAGAGCUAGGCUACUUUGAUGAGCCAGAUUAUGAUUUUAUACUCGAGUGUAUACAAUCUUCUAUACAUCGUAAGGGAAUAAACAUGUCAGACCCAUUUGAUUGGGAACGACCAACCUCUUCUUCAGCUGCUACGAGCAUUACACAGGCAACAAAUAGGCCUAGCGGACAUCAUACUUCAACACAUGCCGUACUUUCUCAUCAAACUCAAUUAGAAAUACAUAGUAACGAAGUUUUCGACACGCAAAAAGCAGUGAUCCCCAAACAAGAAGCAGGCUUAGCAGACAGAUUUUCUGCACGUGAUACUGAAGGUGGGUGUGCAGAUGAACAGCUUGGAAUAAUCCUACAGCGAGAGCGAGACGGCGACGACCUAUUUAACGAGCAACAGGGAACGAGUUAUUGCAAAAGAAGCUUAAUCUGGUCCAGAUCUCCAUAGGCCAUUGAGAACGAUUGCAUUAAUAACAAUGAUGCAUGAAUAGUUUAUCUUUCAAGCAUCUCUUCACUAGAUAGAAAAAACGAAAAUAUCUUGUCUAUGUAACUAAAGAAAAACAAAUCAAUACAUCUUUUUUCCUGCCCAUUUCUCUCUCUCACUCGUUUUCUCACUACCUAUCAAACAAACUAUCAUACUUACAUAAAACUUUUGUAGUUUCUCUUUAUUUCUUAAACACCUCGAAAUUUAUGCUUUUAAAAAAGAUUAAUU